AGGGCGCGACCCGCCACCGGCCGGCUGGUUUGGGGUGGGCACCGUCAGCCCUGGCCGAGAGUAGAACCUGUGCUGCCAUCACAAUGCCUGAGGUAAACACAGAUCACCUGGAUGAGCAGCAGGUGCAGCUCUUGGCAGAGAUGUGCAUUCUUAUUGAUGAAAAUGAUAAUAAGAUUGGAGCGGAUACUAAGAAAAACUGUCACUUGAAUGAAAACAUUGAUAAAGGUUUACUGCACCGAGCUUUCAGUGUUUUCUUAUUUAAUACAGAAAAUAAACUGUUGCUGCAGCAGCGGUCAAAUGCAAAAAUUACAUUUCCAGAUUGUUUUACCAACACUUGUUGCAGUCAUCCUCUAAGCCAUCCACUAGAACUGGAAGAAAAUAAUGCUCUUGGUGUUAGGAGAGCAGCGCAGAGACGACUGAAAGCAGAGUUAGGAAUUCCCACGGAGCAGGUAACUCCAGAAGAAAUCUCCUAUCUGACAAGGAUUCACUACAAGGCCAAGUCUGAUGGGAUCUGGGGGGAACAUGAGAUAGACUAUAUCUUAUUUGUGCAGAAGGACGUAACGCUGAACCCUGACCCUAAUGAGAUACAAAGCUACUGCUAUGUGACGCAGAAAGAACUGAAGCAGCUCUUGGACAAAGCCUCCAAGAAUGAAGUGAAGAUUACUCCGUGGUUUAAACUAAUUGCAGAGACCUUUCUUUUUAAAUGGUGGGAUAACUUAUCUAACUUGAACAAGUUUGUUGAUCAUGAAAAAAUACACCGAAUGUAAAUAGCUGGGGUAGAAGAUGCUGAAGGCUGGCAGUGAUGGGCGGUCUCAGUAACACUGUGGUAACUCAUGACUCUUGAGUGCAGAGAAUUGGUCCACCUGGAGCAUGUUUAACAAAUAAUUUUAUACAGAGAUGGUUAUAGCCAAUGGGUUUUUGUUCCCUUUUCACCUUCUCUUCCCCCCAGCCUUGCUUCUCUUGGGUGAAUUAAGCUGGAUCUCACAUAAAAUGGGUAACGGUAGCUUAAGAAGCCCCCUGGGUUCAUCUUUCUCCAUUACCCAGUGUGACACAAAAGAUCCUUUGUAGGUGUGUGCCCAGUUUGCUCUUACCUCCUUGCAUAACUAACUGCACAUGCUGGCAAGGGAGUCUGGGUGCCUCCUGCCCAGCUCGUUUGCUAGAACUGGUGUGUCCCCAGCUGUCUGUGACUACACCUGCUGGCACAGUGAUUGCAAAAGAAUUUGAGUUCUACAUUUAUGUUGAUAAAGACUAGUUGCCUGAAGAAAGAACCCAGUUUGUUCCAAGUGAUGAGGAUGAUUUUAACUGCAGAAAGCAAAUCUCUUCAGCUACUAUUAAAUAAACCAAACACAUAAAAGCUUAAGUAAGGGGACUGGUGGUGCGGACUGAGUUUCACUUUGAAGUGCUGCAAUGUGUGUCCUAGCUUUAGAGAAUAAAUGGUGGGUUGGUUUGGGCUUUUUCCCUACCAUCUUUUUCUGGUUAGCUGAUGACAAAGUACUGGACAUCUCUAAAUAAAAAAUAAUGAUUAAUUAUACCAAAUUAAGUGGUAUAUGCAUUAAUGGCUCUUCUCUAUCGUCUGGAAAACAAAGGUACCUUGAUACAAUCUUUUUUCCCUUGCAACAUCUACUGUAAUCGUUUUUCCAGAGUCUUGGAAGACUCAAAAACCCCUUGAACUCUGAAACUGAAGACUCAAUUUAUGUACUUACACUGAUUCUUCAGUUAAUCAGAAAUUCAGCCAGACUGCAAGAGCCGAUCCUUUUUGAUCCUGCAAUCAGUUGCUAGGAGAGUUUUAAUAAGACAAAUAAUGAAGUGUAUCUCAAUUUGAAUUAAAGUACUCUCCAUACACACAUCCCACUCCCACCCUCCAUCUUGUGAUUUCUUCUGUUAGGAGUCUACUCAACCUGGAUUUCUUAAGGUAACUUCUCCCAGAGAUGUCUUGAUCAAAGAGUAGGUUUUUCAUGCUACUUCUAGCAUGUAAACUGCAGUGGUUCUAACGAGUCUGUGUCUGGUAUCAAGGCAAAACUAAAUUUCUCCCAUGGUCAACACAUUCCUCUCUCAUCCCAGUUGUGACUGCAGCACUGAAGCGUCUGUGUCAGCAUCUCCAGUGGUUCAACACUUAGGGGUUUUAGAGCAAAGUUUGUUGUAUGUUGACCUGAAUUGAUGUAUUGUCUUGAAGCAAAUAAUAGUGGAUGAGGGAAUAGUAAUGCAGUGUAACAGCUCUCCUGAAUUCAGUGCCAUCAGCCACAUUACCCAAGUAACACAUUAGAAUAUUUUGCAAAUACAUAAAACACUUCAAAGAAAUACUAUCUUAAAGGUAAGAUUAUGAUUAAAAUUAGCUAACCUAAAA